AGGAGCAGAGACGUCCGGGCAACAUGAGCAUUGUUAUGAAGCCUCGCUCGCGCUCCACCAGCUCACUGAAAUGCAUUGAAUGUUUCGACGUGGAUAAUGGCACAUCGUCAGGACGCAGCCCAUUGGACCCGAUGGCCAGCCCCGGGUCGGGUCUCAUCCUGCAGGCCAACUUCGUGCACAGCCAGAGGAGGGAGUCAUUUCUGUACCGCUCCGACAGUGACUAUGACCUCUCGCCAAAGUCCAUGUCGAGAAACUCCUCCAUCGCUAGCGACAUACAUGGAGAUGACAUGAUUGUUACUCCUUUUGCACAGGUCCUGGCUAGCUUAAGAACUGUACGGAAUAAUUUUUCAGCACUGACAAAUGUGCAGCAAGAAAGAACCUCCAAUAAGAGAUCACCUAUGUGUAACCCUCCUCCCAUCACAAAGACCACAUACACAGAAGAGGCCUACCAGAAGCUGGCCACCGAGACGCUGGAGGAGCUUGACUGGUGCCUAGACCAGCUGGAGACCCUGCAGACCCGGCACUCGGUCAGCGAGAUGGCCUCUAACAAGUUCAAGAGGAUGUUGAACCGAGAGCUGACCCACCUGUCCGAAAUGAGCCGCUCUGGAAACCAGGUGUCCGAGUACAUCUCUAAUACUUUUUUAGACAAGCAGCACGAAGUGGAAAUGCCGUCUCCACAGUCACAGAAGGACAAGGAGAAGAAGAAGCGGCCGAUGUCCCAGAUCAGCGGCGUAAAGAAGCUCACUCACAGUUCCAGCCUCACGAAUUCCAACAUCCCUCGCUUCGGAGUCAAGACCGACACAGAAGAAGCACUGGCCAAGGAGCUUGAAGAUGUGAACAAAUGGGGCCUUAAUGUUUUUAAAGUCACCGAGUUCUCUGGCAACAGGCCUUUAACAGUUAUGAUGCACACAAUAUUCCAGGAAAGAGACUUAUUAAAAACGUUCAAAAUUCCACUCGACACUUUUAUAACGUAUCUGAUGACGUUAGAAGACCAUUACCAUAGCGAUGUUGCCUACCACAACAACAUCCAUGCUGCCGAUGUGACUCAGUCCACUCAUGUGCUGCUCUCCAGCCCUGCUCUCGAGGCUGUUUUCACAGAUUUAGAGAUUCUUGCUGCCAUAUUUGCCAGCGCAAUACAUGAUGUCGAUCAUCCUGGCGUCUCCAACCAGUUCCUCAUUAACACUAAUUCCGAGCUGGCUCUUAUGUAUAACGACUCGUCUGUGUUGGAGAACCAUCACCUGGCUGUGGGCUUUAAGCUUCUGCAGGAGGAGAACUGUGACAUCUUCCAGAACCUCACCAAGAAACAGAGACAGUCGCUACGCAAGAUGGUCAUCGACAUUGUUCUGGCGACAGACAUGUCGAAACAUAUGAAUUUACUGGCAGAUCUGAAAACCAUGGUGGAGACAAAAAAAGUGACCAGCUCUGGAGUUCUUCUGCUGGAUAAUUAUUCAGACAGGAUACAGGUGCUACAGAACAUGGUGCACUGUGCAGACCUCAGUAACCCCACCAAGCCCCUGCAGCUGUACCGGCAGUGGACAGACCGCAUCAUGGAGGAGUUCUUCAGCCAGGGAGACCGCGAGAGGGAACGUGGCAUGGAGAUCAGCCCCAUGUGUGACAAACACAAUGCUUCAGUUGAAAAAUCCCAGGUGGGCUUCAUCGACUACAUCGUGCACCCGCUGUGGGAGACGUGGGCAGACCUAGUGCACCCCGAUGCCCAGGACAUCUUGGACACGCUGGAGGACAACAGGGAGUGGUAUCAGAGCACUAUCCCACAAAGCCCGUCCCCCGCACUGGACACAAAUUCAGAGGGACGGCGCACCACCACCCACGACAAGUUCCAGUUCGAGCUCACGCUGGAGGAGGACGGCGAAUCGGACACUGAGAAGGACAGCGGCAGCCCUCCAGAUGAGGAUGAGGAUGAGGAGGAAGAGGAUGAAAACAGCUGCAGUGACUCUAAAACCCUUUGCACACAGGACUCGGAGUGUACCGAGAUUCCUCUGGAUGAACAGGUGACUGAGGGCGAGGAGGUAGGAGAGGAGCAGAGAGAGGAAGAGGCGGAGAUAUCAGAACCCUGUGUUUUAGUGGAACGGGAAGAGGAGGAGGAAGAUGAGGAGGAGGAGGAGGAA